GUCUCAGCGGUCUCCUCUUCUUUCUCAGCAGGUUUUAUGUCAUUUAAACAUGGAUCCAUGUCCAGGUUUCACCAUCGUCCUUCUGGGAAACACCGGAGUCGGUAAAAGUGCUUCAGGAAACACCAUCCUGGGACGACCAGCGGUGUUUGAGUCAAAAAAAUCCUUCAAAUCCGUGACAACAGAGAUCUCUAAACAAACUGACACUGUGUUUGGGAAACAGAUCACAGUGAUCGACACCCCGGGAAUAUUUGGAUCUGAGUGGAAGAUUCAGACCCAGUGUGAGGAGCUCCGGCAGUCCUCCAGACCUCAUUUGUUCCUGGUGGUGGUUAAAAUAGAUCGAUUCACCAUCGAGCAGAAGAACGCUGUGGAUGCAGCUCUCAGAGUCAUCGGAGAUGAUGAGUUCAACAACUGUUACCUGCUCUUCACAGGAGGAGAUGACCUAAACAACAUGUCACUGGAUGACUUCAUCAACGAUGAUCCAGAAGGUCCACUUCGACCGGUCGUUGAAAGGUUUGCAUGGAGAUAUCAUGUGUUCAACAAUGACAACGGAGGACAGGAACAAGUCAGAGAGCUGCUGAAGAAGUCAGGCAGCCUAACGAACGUUGAUCGUCCCAGGGAGGAAAGAAGGAUCGUUCUUCUCAGUCGUCCUGGAGCAGGAAAGAGUUCAUCAGGAAACACCAUCCUGGGAUCAGAACGGUUUAAAUCAAAGGCUGAUUUUAAUUCAGUCAGUGCUGAGACUGUCUCUGACUCAGCAGUGGUGGAGGGUCGUCAGGUUACAGUGGUCGAUACUCCAGGAAUCACUGAUGAAGUUCUGUCUCCUAAAAAGCUGUUUUAUGAGAUCAUGAAGUCAGUAGUAGAGGCCAGUCCAGGACCACAUGCCUUCAUCAUUGUAGUCAGAAUCGGUAGAAUCACUGGAGCAGACAUCAGCCUGUUUGAGAUGCUGCAAAAACUUUUUGGCAAAGAUGCUCCAAAGUAUACGACGGUCCUUUUCACUUAUGGAGACGAGCUUAAAGGAGAAUCCAUUGAAGGUUUGAUCAAUGCUCAUAAACGUGUCUCUGACCUGGUCUCCAUGUGUGAUGGUAGAUUCUGUGUGUUUGACAACACCAAGAGAGGAAACAGGGUGCAGGUUAGAGACCUUCUGGCUAAAAUAGAUCAGAUGCUAACAGCUAAUGGUGGCGAGCACUACACGUCUCAGAUGUUCAGAGACAUUCAGACCUUCCCAAUGAACAUUUAUCUGUGGUGGGAUGAAGUCUGUGAAUGGUUCAGACAAUUUCUCAAGACAAUGGAAAACCCUGAGCAUGUAAGGCUACUGGAAACGGUAAUUUAAUUUGGAGAUGGUGGUGAUGGAGAGUCGGAGGAUUCAGCAGCAUAGUGGGAGUAGUUUCACUGUCAACCCUGUAAAUUCAAUUAUCCCUUAUGUUGUCCUCGGGUCAAAUUUGACCUGUUUUCACAGUUAACCAAAUUGCCCAAAGCAACAUGGACGCAUGGAUGUACAUUGUAUGGAGCCCAUACAAUUUAACCUGCAAAGAAUGUUGUAUGGGUUCAUUACCUGCUUUGCUUGCCCUACACCGAACAAACAGUGGGCCUCAGAUCACCCACGAGAGAAAAUCUGGAUAUUGAUAGUUUUCCCACAUGUCUU